CCUCCAUUGUUACAUUGUAACAAACGGGGCAGGGGCGAAACGGGGAGAAAGGCGUCUUCUCGUUAGGAAAAAAAAACCCACACUGCAACAUUUCUGACACUAAACGAAACGGGGCCAAAUCCGCGUUAAUGCAAGAAGACUACGAAGUAAGCCUAACCGACUGAACCCGCCCCGGUGAGAAAAAAAAAAGGAUAAACGAACACAGAUGUCAGCGGAUUUCUCCAUUGCAAGCAAUUCAAGGCUUACAUCAGGAAGAUAAGACAUUCGACUGUUUACAUUAUUCAUGUUGCACCGAAAAUGUUGGGAAAUAAAUCGCAGCGAAUCAUAUGACGUCCCUCUUUUCUUCCCCCUUUCGUCUGUCUUUUUUUUUUUUUUUUUUUUUUCUUUUUUUUUUUUUUAGUGGAUAGGCAUGCAACAUUUAAAUGAAACCCGCAGGUCUCACAGAAAGCCCCUGCUCUCUUCGUGAUCUUUCAGUGUGCAGAACAAUGAGCAUGGAGCUUAAGUAGCCUAUUCUAUAGUCAGAUGUUAAGUGUUGCAGAUUGACAAUCAGGAAAGCUUUCAGGCGAAUCACUUCGGGUUACCAUUGCUCCACGGUUGCAGUGUGGAUACUCGGUUCAGGGAUAUCGGUUUUGGCACACAAAAAAAGGCAUCUUCAUAGGGCGUUAAAAGAUUGAUGUGCAGCUCGCGUUGGAAAAGGGAAACGACCUACGAGUUGGUUGGAAAAAGGGUCCCUGAUUCUGCCCCAGACACCGAGUUUCCAUGGAGGCAGGUUCGUCCCUCAGCCUCAAACGAAGAUAUGAAGAGGUGGACAACAGCUCUCCAUUCUCUACACCUAAGGACUCUGACGAUGACAUCUCCAGUAGUGACAGCGCUGACAGCUGUGACAGCCUCAACCCUCCCUCCAGCACCGCAUUUACCCCCACUUCCAUCCUCAGACAGCACAAGCCGUCACCGGGGGGGAAACGGGUACGUUUCGACGUGGUGACGGUGUAUUACUUCCCCCGGCGGCAGGGCUUCACCAGCGUGCCCAGCCAAGGGGGCAGCUCCCUGGGUAUGGCCCGUCACCACUCCUCCAUCAGACGCUACACGCUGGGCGAGUUCGCCCGCGAACAGGAAACCAGCCACCGCCACACUUUACGCCAGCAUCUGCGCCAAGAAAAGCUCAAUGCCCGCAAGAUGAAGCUGACGAGGAACGGCACCGUGGAGUGCGCUCAGGCAGACCUGCUGACUCUGGAGGACGUAUCAGACGAGGACCUGGACGUGGACGGGGUGGAGGUUGACGACUGUUUCUUCCUCCAGCCUUUACCCACUAAACGCCGCCGAGCCCUCCUGCGAGCCUCUGGCAUCGCCCGCAUAGACGCGCGAGAGAAAGCUGAGCUCAGAGCGAUCCGCCUUUCACGGGAGGAAUGUGGCUGCGACUGCCGCUUGUACUGUGACCCUCGCCACUGUGGCUGCAGCCAAGCUGGCAUUAAGUGCCAGGUGGAUCGAAUGUCCUUCCCGUGUGGAUGCUCGAGGGAUGGCUGUGGCAACAUGGCGGGCCGUAUCGAGUUCAACCCUCUCCGUGUCAGAACUCACUACCUGCACACCAUCAUGAAGCUGGACCUGGAGAAGAGGAGGAUGCUGAUACAAGGGACUGGGGACCAGUAUGCUGAAUCUGACCCGACGUCCUCCCCUUCCUCCACUUGCCCCACAUCGCCAGACCUAUCCUCAGUCGCUGGCCUGGACUCUGAGCUGGAGGAGAGCGAGGUGCAGACGGUCAUGGAGGUUCAGGAUCUCCUGGCGGAGCAGGACAUUCUGGAGCGAGAGAACGAGACAGCCGUGUUGCACCUGCAGAGCGCCGAGGAGCAGGAGAGGAGGGAGAGGGAGGAGGCCGACGGGGAAGCGGUGCAGCAGGAGCUGGGCGCCAGAGGUCUCGCCGAGCAGCCUCUCUGCCUCCUGCCCGCUGCUUUGGGAGGGGAGCUGCCCGAGCAAGCAGAGGUGCCGGGUGUGGAUCAGGUGCUCCUGCAGGGUCCGUUCCCCACGGGCGCCACAGUGCUCUGCAUCACUGACAACCAGGAGGAGAGCCCCUCCGACCUCCUUAAAGACUCCUCUUCUCUGCUCUACUACCAGCUCAGUCCCAUAGAGCCUGUAGCCUUUGAGACCCUGCCCAGAGCAGCGGAGGUGGAGCAGGAGGAGCGCUCGGCGAGAGAACAAGACGCAGGAGGAGGCGAGUGUGUGGAGAGCAAACUAGAAAGAGGAGAGAAGUCGAAGGAUGAUAGUCCUGAAGAGGUCACCUGCAGGCAGAGUUUGGGCAAGUCUUUGACCAAUGUGAUUCUGCGCUCAGAGGAAUGCGUGGAAGUAGUGGAGGAGAGGCCCUCGAGUCUGCAGCAGAGCCUCCCCGAAGAGCAGUGCCACGUGGAGUCCUGCUUGGAGGGAGAAGUGGAUCCACUGCCUCCUGAAGUUUAGUAUUAGCGUCUCUGCAGAUAUUUUGCACAAUAGCUUCAUCUAAGAUGAAUAAAUUACACAUUUCACAUUUAUUACUGCUAUCAUCAAGAAUGAUUACAGGUUGCAAUCUCUAAUAGUGACUGUCAUUGAGUUAUGUGGAGAAUGAGUAUUACAAUACAUGAGCGAGGGGGGGGGGGGGAUGCUGAAAGCACAUAGAGAUCACUCCCCAGAAGUAAUAUGGAUGCAGUUACAGGGCAACAUCGUAUGUGAUUCUGUCGGGGGUGAUGAAUGCGGCCUUAAUGGAAAAAAUUAAAAACACUCGUGUUUAGGAGUCAUUUGUCGACGAGACCGUACAGCUCGUAGUGCUUUGUUAAUUUCCAAACGCAAGCAAACAGAAAACACAGUGUGUGAAUGCUGACAUAAGCCUUUAGUUUGGUGAUGUUUAAAGCUAUCAACACUAAACACAAAAUUGUUUUGCAGUGCGCGUAAGAAGCUGAUGUAGUUAGAUACUUACUGGCUCACUUUCCAUUACAGCAAACUCGUGUGCUGUAGUCAAGCCAAAUGAAGGCCUCUGAUAGUAUCCUCUGCUGAAAAUAGACCUAAUAAUCCUGGAAAUACUUGUUUUUGUGUACUGUAUAUGCAUUUACAAUGUGCAAGACAGAGCCGAGGUUGCUGCUUUUUUUGAUCUGUAUGCACAUUGUGAACAGAGGGGGGGGGGGCAGCGAGCGUUGUGGCUCUGCUGCAAUGAGACAUGAAGGUAAACCCAAACAGAGCAGCAGACGAGCACUGGCCUUAGCUGAUGUUCUCGCUCACCUUGGGCUGCAAAUGCAGUCGAUUUGUCAGAAAAAAAAAAAAAACUAGUUUACCUGUAAUAGUUGCAAUGCCUAUGAUAUUACUUAUUAUUUCUUUGAGUAACGUGUCUUUUGUGGAUUAGAUACUGUUGGUUUUGAGCAAGCUGAGGUCCUCACAGUCUUUGCUUUUAUUAUUAUUUUUUCGAGUGAAAGGAAACGUUAUUUCUUUAAUACUCCUAGACUGUAAUGCCAUGUAGUCAGUCAUGUCAUGUUACGGUAAAACACCAGAAUAGACCUUCCUAGUCUUUCACCUCUUUCGACGAGUUGUGCUCGGAAGGAAGAGCUAAUUCUGAACCGAGUCAAAUUUCAUAUGAAGAAAAUAGCAUUUAAAGAGUCAAAGAAAAAAACGUGAAAGUAGUUACACGACAUGAUGUGACGUUACUAAUUUAUGGAGCAGAUUGACGACACCCUGAAUUUGUAUAUUUUUUUUGUUCAAUCUGUAUGUGUGUGUGUGUGUGUCUGUAUGAGAGAGAAAGGUGUGUAUGCA